GCCUGUCAGCCUUCCUCCCUCCCGUUCUGCUUUGUUACUGUCACUCUCACUGCAGCUUUUCACCUCGGACUACCUAAAUUACUGAUUCACUUUUGAGCCAGUCUCAGCACCUUCAUUAAUUUGUCAGACCCUAGUGGUUCGCUCGUUCUUCUUAAAUAUUGCAACUAGGUACCUUUAGUUGCACCAUCUGCUCGCUUACAGCUUACAUACAACACAUACCUACUCUUUUUUUUAUCACAAACUCACUCAAAAUGCGCGCUCAAGCUCUCGCAGCAGUUCUUCUCUCGGCUUGUGCCGGCCAGGCUAUUGCUGAGGACGCUCCCCGAGUCAACGACAACCCUCCUGGCGUCGGAUUCAAGGCCACUCUCCCCAAGGAGUCCUUCUUCAAGGAUGCUGCCAUCGAUGGAAAUGUCAAGGGCUACAUCCACGCCCAGGCUACCGACUCUGGUCAGGGUGUGAAGUUUAUAGUCAAGUUCAGCAACCUUCCCAAGGAAGGUGGACCUUUCACCUACCACAUUCACGUUGAUCCUGUCCCUGACAAUGGCAACUGCACUGCGACUCUCGCUCAUCUCGACCCUUUUGCGCGCGGCGAGGAUCCUCCCUGUGAUGCCGAGAAGCCUGAAUCUUGCCAGGUCGGAGACAACAGUGGCAAGCAUGGAAAGAUCACAAGCGACCCCUUCGAGACCGAGUACAUCGACUAUUACGCUUCCACCAAGGAGGGUAUUGGUGCAUUCUUCGGCAACCGCUCCUUCGUCCUUCAUUAUGCCAAUAAGACCCGCAUCACAUGCGCCAACUUUGUCUCUCAGAUCAAGCCUCCUGCUACCAACGAGUCUUACUCUGCCCCGGGAUAUCUGCCUACUCCCACCGAGACUGUCACGUUGACGCCCACUCCCAGCUCUAAAGUACCGGCCUCCACUGCGACCUCUGGUGUGACUUCUGCUCCCACUUCUACCGCGACCGACGUCGUUGGCCCCAACGCCGGCUCUUCUAUGGCCGUGCCGGUCAACCUGGUUCUGGCCGGUGUCUUUGCGCUCGCUUUCGCUCUGUAAUUGAAGCCAGUGAUGGAAAUGGGUCUGUGACCAAGGCGUGAUGUGUUUUCGAUUCGUUUACUGUAUAUUUAUUUCCGUUCUAGUAUCGGGGCAUAUUACUUUUCAUCUUUCUUACCUGAGAAUGCCUACUAGUACUAGCUGCAGGGGUGUCUUAGGGCCGCGGACAGACAAUGAAAAUAAAAUGAAUACUUUCCGAUUACGAUGGUUGUCAAGGGUGUGGCGUUUUGUGUAGUGAAUAUACAAGUCGGCUGUUAGGGUCAACGGUUUGAGGCUUGGAGCGUUGAAGCUGCCAGGCACAGCGAGCGAUUGAUUCGCAGACCAAGGUGUAAAAAGACGAUGAUGAACCGUUGCAGCAAGAGGUUUGAUAUAGUGUCAU